UCUCUCUCUCUCUCUCUCUCACACACACACACACACACACACACACACGUAGUUAGAUGUAGUGACUAAACAUAUAGCACAUAAAUAAUAUUUACAGACAGACCGAAGGCUUUUCUGGGGAUUUGCUCUUGAAUAAACCGACUCCGAAUCUGAAACUGAAACUCCACCCUCUGGCUGAUUGUGCGCAUGCGCGCUGACAUCCCUCGCUGUUUACUCUCUGCGCUGUUCUGUGUCUGAUCUGUGUCUGAUCUUCUGCUGUUUUGGGAGUGCGGUUCUUCUCUCAGCAUCUUCAUGUGAUCACCAGAUCAUCAUCAGAAAUGAGUAAACAGGAUGAAAUUCUGAAGGACUUCCUUCUUCCUGAUCUCAAAAAAGAUGGGGCAAAGACUUACCUCCAGAAGAUCAGAAGUGUUGCUUUAAAACACCGGCAGUCACAGAUUAAACUAAAAAAGGUGGAAAAAUACAGUUUCAAGGUCGGAUCUUUGGCAGAAACAUCGUAUAAAGAUGAGCCUGAGAUGUUAGAGGAGUGGGAGCAGUUCUACCUCCCAGAUCACAUGUUCAUGGAGGUGAUUGGUGUUCUUGAGAAGUUCCCCUGUAACUCGCCCAACGAUGAGCUGGUGCUGAUGGUGUGUGAGGACGGGAACGUGUAUGCUUAUGAAGGAAACAGGCUGCAUCUCGCCAGUAACAGUCUGAAAGAGCUGUUUGAGCGUGGCCUCCAGUUUCCAGGAACCAAACAAUACUACCGUGGUCAGAGCUUUGAGGACAUGGAAGAAGAAUGGAACAAGGUGAAGGAAUCAGAAGAAGUGAAGGAGAUGAUGAAGGAGCACCAGCAAACGCUGGAGUGUAUGAAGGGUUCCUAUCUCGCCAACCUGGACGUCAUUAUGGGGAGACAGCGGGGAGAGCAAAGCCCUGCUGGUGUGGGAAAAGAACCAAUCCCUGUUCAUCUGUAAAAUAAACACAAAUGUCUCGGCUUUGUUCUUUUCUGUUCUUUCACUUUCUUUUUCUCUUCUUGCACGGGAACGUUAGUGUGUCACAUGACCUUUUUGACACUUGCAGUAAGAUUAAAAUCAUGUGUGUUUGGAUCUGUAUGUGCUUCACUACAGUAUUUCCUGCGUCUCUGUAGAGUUUAGCUGAAGCCCUGUAACUGAUUCGCUGAUGUCACAUGUGGUUCACGUAAAUAAAAAAUAUGUUUAUUUGUCAGAGAA